AUGGCGGAACUCACAGUGGGAUAUGUUUCUGGCAUCAUUGCCGCUGGCGUGUUUCUGGAUACCGCUGCCAGCACAGGCGUCAGCAAACGAAUCCUCACUUAUUCCUGGCUUCAGUUGAUCGCAGCUGUACUUGUAUCAAUUACCGGAAUCGUCACCCCUCUUGGCCUCUACGACACAAUCGGUCCCCAGGACAACCCCACAGACGUUCUCUUCCACUACGCGCCUGAUACAUCAGCCUUCGGGAAGGCAACCCCUAGUAGGGAUGGAUAUAAAUCGCUUCGCAUGUGUUAUGCAGAUGAGGAUCCCGACACCCCAGAGGGCUGUCCCGGCGCACCACCAAAUCGGGAGGACAUGGACGACAUCACUGAAGCCUAUUCCGUUUGGCCUAGCAGUAUCAGCCUGUUUACGAGCGGAAACGUGUCAGCGACAGUCUCCAGCGUGUUCGAUGUCCAGUGGCGGUCGUUUCGUUCCUCAACGCAUAUAGUACCAGGCGCUAGCCCUACAGGGAGUGUAUUCUCUCAGGGAUAUUAUCGACAGAUUUCCCAGCUGAUCUUGGAUGAGGACUUGUUGGCUGUUGAGGGUUUAAUCGUGGAUAGCAAGGCUGGACGGAUCGGUUUCCGCAAUCAUACUAUUCCUGCAAACCUGCCCAUGGGGGCUGAGUGGACAGAGGAUAUCCUGUUCAUAGAACCCGAAAGCCGCUGUGUCAACACUAAUCUGACAGUGGAUUACAACUACGAUCACCAGGCACAAUUUAGCAGCUUCAGUACCGACAACAUGUAUAAUACCGAUCUUCGAAACUUAGCUCUUGUCGACCGCGGUGGUUUCGUCAACCUACAUCAUGAAAGAUACGAUAUCAAUGCUUCCAAUUUCCAGGAGAAUGCUGCACUGUACGAACGUGCCUACAAUGCCGCAUGGAGACACAACAUGCUCAUAAUGCAGUACUUCAACGUGACAACCAACGGAUCAGAUGGACGCGUACCAUUCGAGUAUAUGCACUCAGAGUUGGGAAAGAGGUUCAGCCUGGCAAACAUUUCGACUAAUUUCGUCGAGCCGAUGACUGUCCAAACAGACUCCGGGUACGGUAGUUUUCUUGACCUUCAAGACGGCUUUAACUUGGGAACCAACUAUUCGAUCCCUCAGUCCAAGAAUCCACUAAACCUCAGCACCUAUGAUGUCUACGCCAUCGGCAGUGAAGCCUGUCAUUACCCUUCCGAUACGGCUCUAUCAGACAUGUCAUUCGUCGGCGUAGCCUGCGGUACUAUUUUCGCCGCUCCUCGGAGACUCGACGGUGACCCGCUCAUCCCAGACACAAACAGCACCUGGAGCACCCCGCUCUAUUCCUGCGCAGCGGCGACCAAGGCGGCUGUUCGCGAGGUCACUUUUCGGUUCAACGGUACUGGGGGCCUAGACAAACUAGUCAUCCAGAGCAUCAACGCAAAGAAAUACAAAGACCCCUCUGAGCUUCCUCUCUGGGGCGUCGAGCGACUGACGAACCACACCAUGCUAAAUGUGCGCCCUCUAUGGGGCCUCGUCUCACCCGAAGUCGGCGCUCGCGACGACAUCUCCACCGUGCAAAGAGACUACCUCUGGCUGCCCGGCUACACGGACCUCCUCACAUCUGACACCUUAGCCGGCGAGCCAAGCAUGCCCGGAAACCUAUUCUACACACAGCGACUCCUCUCCCUAUUUGACAUCACGACUCUCGACGAAGCAACCUCCCGAUACACAGGAUCCGGUGACUUAGCUCUAUACAACCGCUGGUAUGAACUGUCUUCCUCCGCCAGCGGCGUCGAGAAAAUGCUCGGGCUUAUAUGGACCGACAUGUCCGCUAAUACUAUUGUCGGCACGCGUGGAUGGCAUAACGCUCCAAGUCAAACUUCCAACAAUAGAAAAUUGGCGAAGCGAGAUGCGGGAGGGGUCAGCGUGCCGGUGACGCUGUGGUCAAGGAACAUAAAAUACCACGUUCCCUAUGCCAUUCCAGCAUUUAUUGUUCUUGCUCUUGCUCUUGCACUCGCGGGACUCACGUUCUGUCUUCUUAUUUCUCGCCGGACGGGUCUGCGACAGAUGCGGUCUUAUCUAGCUCGUACCUCGCCGGGUAGAAUUCUUGGAACUGGGCUUCAUCCGGAUCAGGCCGGUGUCCUUGCGUCUACCAAGGCUUGGAUUCAACAGGUGGGUGUGCGUAAGGCUACUCUGCCGGGGCAGAAGGAGGAUGGGACUAUCCCGUUGUUGGAUAUCCCUGCUGCUACUGAGGAGGGGAGUCGAGAUCGGAAGUAA